GUUCUGAUGUCUCUGCAUGAAAUGUUUCCUGCAGUCCAGGCAGCAGAAAUGGCUGUGCAGAGAGAUUCCCAUUCUUGGGAAGCAUGGCAAACGCUGGGGCGGGCCCAGCUUGGAUUAGGAGAAAUCACAUUGGCGAUUCGAAGUUUCCAGAUUGCCUUGCACAUCUAUCCACUCAACUCUGAAUUGUGGAACGAAGAUCUUUCCUGGGCCAAAAAAUUGCAACAACAGAAAAAAGCAAGCAAAACAGAGACAGGAACACAGGGGUCUGAGACGAAAACUUUGGAGGAGCCGAUCCCAGAUUACGAUUUUGAAAGCGAUGAGAUCUUGGCUGUGUGUGCUGCCAUUGCAGAAAAGGAAAAAAGCACUUCGACUAAAAGUGUAGUGAUUGUAUCAGCUUCGGGGACCGUUGAGACUGUAACCGAACAAGAGGAGCGUGCAACGGUCCCCGAUGGUGCUGUGUUUAUCAAAGCACGAUAAUCCACAUAGUCCUUUCCUGUAACAGCCAUAAAUUUGAGGAGUGGCUGUUGCUAUUGUUGUUUUACUUGCUUUCCCUUCUGUUGGAGCCUUGCCUUGAGUCACUGAGCAGUGGAGAUCCCCAUUCCAUCAAAUUAAACUUUCGGAGGCACAGGGGCAAUGCGUCCUGUAGGUGUCCAGAGGAGGCAGAAUUUGGAAAACCGAACAUCGGUAAUGUCAUUGCUGUUUCCUGUUCCCAGAUUGAAUGCUACUUUGAACAACACCUUUGCAAAUGUGGUACCUUCCUAACUUGUCCCACAAUCCACAGAUAGCGUGGUUCAUGGGGAUGUUAGCUGAGGUUCAUGGAAGAUGAUGUGCAAUCUUCCCAAAAGGCAUCACCCUUGUAGAAACCUGGCGAGGGGUGUGGUGGCUUUGAGGUAGGACUCAUGCCUCACAAUCAAGAGACUGUGAGUUUGAUCCUAGAUAGAGGCAGAUAUUUCUCUCUCUGGGCACACUGAGAAUAUAUCUGCUGA